AUGAACGGAACCAAGCGCCGCGAAGCCCUUUCGAGUGGCUGUGCUGUCAAAUGCAUGCUUGAUGCGUACUCCAAUGAGGGUCAUGCGCUUGCCAUACGCAUGUCACCUAAGUUAGGCUUCUCUGAGUGGUUUGCGUCCAGCGACUUAGACGCAAUCCUUAAGGGUGACUAUGAACUUCCUGGCGACCGCACUAACGCCCUCCUCACAAGAGCCCAGAAGAACUGGGAGACACUGUUGAAGACAGUACUAUAUCUGACUUACGAAAGCACAGUUUGGAACUCAAGAAGAGACUCAAACAGCAAGAAACUGAAAGAAUUACGGAUCUGCAUGCGGCAUUCUAACGAAGUGCAACAUCUGCGCAAAGCUGCCUCGAGAAGUGCUGACCAACUACAACAAUCUCGCAAGAUUGUCCAGGAAAACGGUUGGGAGGUUGUUUAUAACCUCGGAAAGAAGGAUCAGCACUCAGCAAAGAGUCAUGCAGCAGCUGAUAACAAGAAGCCGCAAGACCUCGAAGGGUUACUUAAUAAGAUGUCUCCUUCUGCCGAAACAAGGAGGUCGAACUACCCCCAGCUCAAGGCCGCCAUGCUAGAAAGAAAGCUCGACUUAGCCAGCGCGUUAAGCGACUCAGAUCAUUUGCACGAGCGCUACGAAACCGAAUAUGCUAGCAACGGCCAAUCUCGACGUCUUUUGAAGAUUGCUGGUGAAAUGAAAGAAGCGUACGUUGAGAUAGAGAAGGCACACAUGGCGAUAUUUGAAGCGGAGGAGAAGAUGGAAGCAGCAGAGCAGAACCUUUUGCAGUAA